AUGUUGUGGAGGCCAAUUCUACUUCUUCCCUUGCUGGAGAUCGCUGCCAUAGCUGCCCCUAUCGAAGACUGCCCGGGUUACACAUUGAUAAAUGUGGCCGAGUCUGAUAGCUCAAUAACGGGAGAUUUAAUCCUUGCCGGGAGUGCGUGCAAUACCUAUGGCGAGGAUUUGAGUCAUCUCAAAUUAUUGGUAGAAUACCAAACAGAUUCACGACUACACGUCAAAAUCUACGAUGAAAACGAACAAGUCUACCAAAUCCCCAGAUCGAUCUUGAACCCUCCAUCCGGCCAGCGAGACUCAUCUUCUCGGCGGUCGCAAUUAGUCUUUGAAUACACAAACAACCCAUUCUCGUUCGCUAUCCAGCGCAGUUCCAAUGGAGAAACCAUUUUCAAUACAUCUGGCACAAACUUGAUCUUUCAGAGUCAAUAUGUACGUCUUCGUACUUCUCUCCCGGCAAAUCCCUAUAUAUACGGCAUAGGCGAAGAUUCAGACUCAUUCAGACGAGAAACUACUGGCUACACACGCACAUUGUGGAAUGUUGGCCAGGCAUUUUUGCCUACGCAUUCGAAUCUUUAUAGCAGCCAUCCAAUCUAUAUCGAAAUGCGAGGUGGUCAGGCCCACGGCGUGUUUUUAUCGAAUAGUAACGGUAUGGACAUAAAAAUCAAUCAGAAUGCCGGGGGUGAGCAAUAUUUGGAGUAUAAUAUUAUCGGCGGCGUGCUCGAUUUUUACUUUUUGUCGGGUCCUGCACCGGCUGAUGUUGCGCGUCAGUAUGCUGGUGUUGUCGGUACCCCCGCCCAACAAUCAUACUGGACUUAUGGCUUCCAUCAAUGCAAAUACGGCUACCAAGACGUCAUGUGGGUUGCGGAAGUAGCCUACAACUACUCACAGGCUAACAUCCCACUCGAAACUAUGUGGACAGAUAUUGACUACAUGGACCUUCGACGAACAUGGAACCUCGAUCCAGACCGGUUCCCUUUGCACAAGAUGCAAGAACUAGUUGCAUAUCUGCAUAACCAUGACCAGCAGUAUAUCAUGAUGGUUGAUCCGCCUGUAUCGUUGAAUGAUAGCGCGUCAUACAACGCAGCGGUGGAUUUGGAUGUAUUAAUCAAAUAUGAUAAUGGAACCACGUUUGUAGCGACUAUGUGGCCAGGAGCGGUGUCGUAUGUUGAUUGGUUUCACCCAAAUGCACAGUCUUAUUGGACUGGACAAAUCGAGUCUUUCUUUGAUGACCAGUCUGGUGUGGGAGUUGAUGGCAUGUGGAUUGAUAUGAACGAGCCCGCCAAUUUCUGUGGUUACCCUUGCUCAAACCCAGUACAAGUAGCAAUAGAUGAAAACGACCCUCCAGCUCCGCCACCACUACGCACAACAUGGGACCCUAUCCCCGGAUUCCCAUCUGACUUCCAGCCUCCUGGCGCCACUUCAGAGAAGACGAAACGGGAUACUACGUCAGCUAACAUGACCGGUCUUCUCGGCCGUGAUCUCUUAUAUCCGGGCUAUAGAAUUGCAAAUGGCGUUGGUUCUCUGACUGUUGGUACAAUCUGGACCGAUCUUUCCCAGUAUGGCGGCUAUGUUCAAUACGACACGCACAAUCUGUAUGCAUCGUAUAUGAUUGAGCGGUCUCGGCAAGGCCUCCUAUCUCGCCGUCCCUCGGAACGACCAUUCAUCAUCUCACGAAGCACUUUCGCCGGCGACGGAACCAGAGGAGGGCACUGGACCGGCGAUAACGCUUCCACAUGGGCUCACUACCUACUCUCUAUCUUCCAAAACAUGGAAUUUGCAUCCAUCUUCCAGAUGCCCAUGGUAGGCGCCGACGUGUGCGGCUUCAACGACGACACCACCGAAACCCUCUGUGCACGCUGGGCAAUGCUAGGCGCCUGGUACCCAUUCUACCGUAACCAUGCAGACAUCUCAGCCAAAUAUCAAGAAUUCUACCGCUGGCCUCUGGUUACCGCAGCAGCACAGAAAGCCAUCGCUGCACGUUUCCAAUUACUCGACUACCUCUACACAGCCUUCUAUCAGCAGACCGUUGACGGAUCACCAACAACCAUCAUCCCAUUAUUCUUCGAGUAUCCAAACGACCCAGCCACACUCGACAUCAGCUACCAAUUCUUCUUCGGCCCAUCGAUCUUGGUUUCCCCCGUCACAGUCGAAGGUUCACAGAGUGUAUCGCUCUACCUCCCUCCGCAGGACAUCUUCUACGACUUCUGGACCGGCGAACGCGUCACACCCAACGGCGACUCAAAUACUCUUAACCUUGACAACGUCACCUACACCGACAUCCCCGUGCACAUUCGCGGCGGCUCUAUAGUGCCCUUACGCUCAAACGCCGGGGCAGCAAACACCACUACCCAACUACGUAGGCACGACUUUGAGUUACUAGUUGCCCCGGACGUGGAUGGUAAAGCUACUGGUAGUCUGUACAUUGAUGAUGGCAAAUCGGUCAACCCGGGGCGCACGACGUAUCUGCAUUUCAUGUAUGAUAAUGGGCGUUUGUCGGUCAGUGGAUCAUUUGAUUAUAAUCCUGGUGUUGGGUUUAAGGGUGUAACUGUGCUGGGUAGCACACGGGCAAACGCGGUUAGUGGUGCUGAGGGUGGUAGUGGUCUUGGUACAGAUAGUUAUGGGAGGACUGGGGUUGUGCGUCAGAUUAAUGAAGGAUUCGGUGGGGAUUGGACGAUGGAUAUCUAA